AUUGUGCUGUCAUGCCAACAAUCUACUAAAUUGGAUACUGAAUUAAACAAGGAGGGCACCCCCGUGAAAACUGAAACAGGAUCGUGCCGUCGUUGGUCAUUCCACACGAGAGCGAGAGAAGCGAGAAAGGUCGCUAAGAGGAGCACAUCGAAGCGUGCUUCCUUGUGCAAGUAAUCGAAGAGAAAGAAGCACAGCACGGCAGUUGCUUCUUCUUCCUCUCGGGGAAUGGCGUCGUGGAAGCCCCUCCUCCUAAAAUCCUUGGACUCCAAUGCCCAUCUCAAGCAUUCCGCCUUCUUUCAACUGGCGACAAUCGGUUCCAAUGGAAGACCUUCCAAUCGAACUGUGGUCUUCCGAGGAUUUCAGGAGGAUACGGAUAUGAUUCAGAUAAAUACCGAUUGCCGCAGCGUCAAGAUUGAGGAGAUUCAGCAUUGCCGUUUUGGAGAGGUAUGUUGGUACUUCACUGAGUCAUGGGAACAGUUCAGAUUGAAGGGAACUAUAGACAUCAUUGAUGCUACAAAUUCAGAUGCUUUAAAGCUUCAGAAAAGGGAGAAAGCAUGGUUUGCAAGUUCUCUGAAAUCACGAUUACAGUACUUAGCCCCUACUCCUAGUCUUCCAGCUAUUGCUAUCCACGACCCUGGUGAAGAGAUACAACUCGAUCCAUCUGAAGGCCCAGUUGACGCAUUUUGCCUUUUGAUUUUUGAUCCAGAUCAGGUUGACUACUUGAAUUUGAGAAGCAAUGAGCGACUUAUCUUUACAUCCAAACCAAAUGGGCCUAGCUGCAAAUUAUGGAUGUCUCAGAAAAUCAACCCAUAAUGUUUAUCAUCUUUCUCCUUCCAGGUUCUUCCUGCCAAAAGCAAAAAAUGGAGGUGCUUUGGAUGAUAGUGUACCCAUUUGACGACUAUCUUUCAUGUUUGACCAUUUAAAGCAUUGGAAGGAGUUGUAGUAAUGGCUUCAGAACUAAGAAAUAGUACUGUAUCCUAAUUGUGUCGACUUUCAUUUUAUAGAGUAUGCUAAUAUGUUUCUUAUAAAUGCAUAUAUAUUAUAAUGAAAUCUUCGUGAA